AUGGCUGCAGAAGGCGAUGCAUCGCCGCGUCAGCCGCCACAUGUGAAUGGGUCGGGACGAAACGGGUCAGAGGGGAGCGGAUCCGCGGAAGAGGCGCCACUCGAUUCGCAGGCGUUAGAGCGGGAAGAGAAGCAAGUGUCGGGUGACAAAGCGGACACGCAAGGUUCAGGGGAAGCCGUGAAGGCAGCAGAGCGGGCAGAGCGGGGAGCAGGUGACGCUGCAGUGCGGACGGACAGUCACGGCCAGCGGCCGACGGAGGCUGCUGCUGCUGGAGCUGGCGAUGCGCACGCGGCUUCUGAGUCGCCCCGAAAGGCCGCUGCUGGCGAUGCUCAGGCAGCAAUCGAGUCGCCUCGAAAGUCCGGUAGUGCUUUCGCUGGCGCUGGUCAGGCGGUGCCUCGUGGCGGCGACGCCACGGUCAUUGCUGAAGCAGACGGUGCGGCGGGCGGCCAGGGGAUUACCGCCGAUGCUGUCAUGUCGCAGCUGGCGGACAUGCGGGGCAUGAUAGCGCGCCUCAGCCGCGAGAACGAGUCUCUGCGCGCCAUAGUGGCGCUGCAGCUCUCCCCGCAUGGGGGAAACGGCCCCUCCGCGCAUGGGGGGAACGCCCCCUCCGCGCAUGCGGGGAACGGCCCCUCCGCGCAUGGGGGGAACGGCCCUUCCGCGCAUGACAAGAACGCCCCCGUUGCGAGACAAGAGAAUGCGGGAAAGGGGGGAGCAAGUGGCGAACACAGCGGGCGUGCAACGGCGGCCGCGGGUGGAGGGGAGGGCGAGAGGGCAGGGGGUGGCGGAACGAGCGCAGAUAAAAUCGCAGCAAUGGCAACGGCGGGGGCGGGGGGGCUUAGUGCAGACGUGCUGGCGCGGAUGAUGGGCGCAGGUGCAGGGGGGGCGGGCGAGGAGGGCGCGGAGUGGGUGCGCGCACAGCAGAUGCAGAUGCUGGCGCUGCUGCCCUACCACGCCGCUGCUGCCCAGGUGAGCGCCGGGCGAGAUAAAGGUGGGAUGGGAGGGAUGGGCGACGAGGAGGCCAUGUCUCGCUGGUCCGCCCUCUUCCCCGCCCUCCCCAACCCCUUCCCCUUCCCCUCCUUCCCCACUGCGCCACCCUCCUCCUCCGCCACACCACCUGCCGCGCCCAUGAUGCCUCCGCCCUCCCCACCCCACCCCCACGCACCCAUCGGGCCUGACAGGGGCAGCAAGGUGGGGAGGCCCGCCUCCCCCCUGCUGCCAGCGCGCUCCCACACCCCCCCUGCGCCCAUGCGCGCGCAGCCCCGCCCGUCCGCCCACACGGCCAGCCAGAGGGGGUCGCUCUCCCCCCCCGACUCCGCCUCCCAGCAGCGCUGCAGCGUGGGCCGUCCGAUCCGAUCCGUGGGAAUGGACCGCAGCGAUUCAACGAGCGAGAGGGCGGACGAGGGGCUGCAGCAGCGGCGGCGGCGGCGGCGACGGCGGGGAGGAGAUGAGGACGGGGACAGGGAAGGGGAAGCGGAGCAGAGAGGCGGGGGAGAGAGGCAGGUGAGGGACGCGAGGAGGGAAGGGGAGCUGGUAAGUGGGAUGGGCAAGGGUAGUGAAGGCGGGGGCGCGGCAGGCGGGGUGGGGGCGAGCAGGAUGGUUGGCAGUGCUGCAGUGGGUGGGCGGGGGGGUGGGCGGGGGGGAGAAGGAAGUGAGGAGGAUAAUCGGGAUGAGUGUGCUGUGGAGUCGCGCGUGCUUGGUGCUGAGGGCAGCGCCGGUGCAGGGGAGCAGCAGGGUGAGGGCGUGGGUAGCAGGACGAGGGGCAGUGGGAAGGACGAGCAGGAUGGGAAUUUGGAAAUGGGGGAGGCUGGGCUGGAAAGAUUGAUGGUUGAGCCAAGGGCGGUGGGAAGAGGAGAGGAGGAGGAGGAGGAGGAGGAGGAGGAGGAGGGCGAGAGUGAGCAGAGCAUGGGGGGUGAGAGGGCGUGCAAGAGGCGGCGAGGGGAGGCGAGUAGAGGAGGCGAGGAGUGUGUGCGUGGUGUGGCGAGUGGGGGUGGAGUGGCAGUGGCAGAUGCCAUGGAGGUGAGUGAAGGGUGCAGAGAGCCGGAGGGAGAGUGGGGGCGGCAGAAGGAGCAGGAGAUGGUGGGGGGAGGAGAGGGAGCAGACGAGGCAGGCAGGCAGGGGGGCGGAGAGGGCGGCAGCAGCAGUGGUGGUGUUGGUGCUGGAAACCGUGCCCUGCCAAGACGCCGCCUCUGCACUGCCGCCGCUCCACCCCCUCUCAAGUGCGAUGAUGGGAGGACGGGGGCAGAGGAGGGCAUGAAGGGGGCACAGGAGGAAGUGAAGAGGGAGGCGGGGCGCAGCACAGAUGGUGCAGAGGGUGUGCAGCGAGGGGUGGUGGCCCAUGGUGCUGAUGAGUCCAGGGGAAGCCGUGAGCGCACCUCUGACCCUGCCUCCCCGCCUGCUGCUCUCCCGCCUUCUGCUGCUCAUGCCCCUCCUCCUCCUCCCACUGCUGCUUCUGCUGCUGAUGCGUCUGCAACACCUGCGUUGCCGACAUGCCAGGGUGACGAGCUGGGAUCGGGACAGCAAGGUGGGGGAGAGCGCGUGAGCGAUGCGCAAAGUGCCGAACCACAGGAGGGGGUGAUGCAGGUGCAGCAGGUUGCAGGAGGAGCAGAGACAGCGAGGCCAGCAGGCAGCACAGGCGGAGUGGCAAGGGACGAGCAGGCAGCAGCAGCUGCAGUUGAAGCAGGAAACCGGUUGCAGGCGCAAGCAGGGCCAGGGGAGGAGCAGCAGCAAGGGAUGCAAGCACAAGGGAUGCAAGCACAAGGGUCGGCUGUGGUUGAACGAGGGGUGCUGGUGUUCCAGCAUGAGUCUCAGGCCGAUGAGCCUCAUGCCCCUCCACCUGCUCUGGCUCUUCAGCUGCAGCCGCAAAUUCUAUCGGACGGGGGGCAGUGGCGCAAGUACGGGCAGAAGGUGUCCAAGGGCAACCCGUGUCCGCGCGCCUACUACCGCUGCACGGCCGCCCCGGCAUGCCCGGUGCGCAAGCAGGUGCAGCGCUGUGCGGACGACAUGGCGUUCCUCAUCGUCACCUACGAGGGCACGCACUCACACGCGCUGGCCCCGCACGCCACCGCCAUGGCCAUGCUCACCUCCUCCGCCUCCGUGGUGUCCUCUGCCGGCGCGCAUGCCCCCCUCGCCUCGCCCUCUCUCUUCGCCCCCUCCUCUGCCUCGUCCCCCGCUGCCUUCCCCACCCACCACGCGUUCCCUCCACCACCGUCGCUGAUGGGAGCAGCAGGUGGGGCCGGAACACCAGGCAGCACCACUGCCCACACGCCCACCGCUGCAGCUGCAGCGGGUGCAUUCCCCAUGGACCCGUCUCUGCUGGCGUCGCCGCUUGCCACGCCCACUCUGGCCGGCACGCCCUCGUCGCCCUUUGUGACGGCCACGGCUGCCCUGCCCACCGUCACGCUCGACCUCUCCACCUUCCCCCCCCACCACCUGGCCCAGCUAGGCCUGGGGGUGAGUGCAGGAGGGGGGGGCACAGGGGGUGGGAUGGGGGGGGGAAUGAGCAAUCCUGUGCCUGGCACUGCUGCUGGCGCUGCUCUCACUGGCUCAUCACCACCGCUUGCUCUGCCAUCCUCCCCACCGGCCCCCUCCGCCCAGGCUCCUGUGCUGACUGCACCACCAGUUGCAGCAGCAUCAGCCACACCACCCAUGCACCCACCAGCACUGCCAUUCACAGCAGCAGCACACACGCCCACAGGUGCUGCUGCUCCCACACCUGCCACCACCCCAAGUAACGCCACCACCACCCCCACUGGCGCCCCCUGGUGGUGGCCUGGCGCCCCUGCCCCCUCCCCUUCCUCCGCCCCGCGUCCCCCCACUGCCCCUCUUGCUGCUCCCUCAGCGCCCACUGCCGCCCCCGCGGGCGCAUGCGGUGCUGCGCCGUCGUCUGCAGCGUCCACGCCAUCGCCCAUCCACGGCCUGCUGCUCCCCACCCCCCUCCCUGCCUCUGCCGCCACUCCCCCUGCAUCCACCCCUGCACCCUUCUCCCCGCCCCUGCCUGCUGCUGCUGCUACUCCUCUUGCGCUCCCACCCACUCCGCCCUCUGCCGCUUACCCUGCCUCAAGUGGGCUGGCAGCAGCAGCGGAUGAGGCGCCUCCCCUCAUCCACAUUCCCCGGCGCCGCGUGGUUGGCCACUUCACACCUGAGCGCCCUGCUGCUGCUGCUGCUGGAGGUAGCGGCGCAGCAGCAGCGGCAGCAGCAGCAGCAGGGGGCAUGGAGGCGGCGCUGGCGUCACCGGCGGUGCAGAGCCGGCUGGUGGCGGAGACAGCGGAGAAGAUCACCAGCGACCCCGCCUUCAAGACCGCCCUCGCCACCUACAUCGCCUCGCUGCUCUCCACCCAGCUCUCCGCUGCCGCUGCUGCCGGCCCCACCCCCGCCGCCACCCCCACUGCUGCAGCCCCUGCUCCUCCUGCUGCCUAUGCGCCCCUGGGUGCUGAGAGCAGUGCGGGAGCGGGCACACCAGUGGCAGGUGGUGGUGCAGCCAUCCCGCAGCAGCAGGCAGCAGCAUCCGUGCAGCAGCAUCAGGCACACCAGCAGCACUCCAUGUUUCUCUCGUCGCCCUCGUUUGCCUCGUCGCUCUUCCCCGUCCUCCCUCCCUCCACUGCUGCCGCACAUGCCCCUGCCGCCUGGUCCUUCACCCCAACAGCCUCCCACUCUGCCGCGGCACCAGCAGCAGCAAACUCGACUCAAGCCAUGCCGGCAGCACAGCACCAAGGUGCUGCAGCGCUGCACCAAGCAGCGGCACCCAGCGGGCUGCUGCUGUCGCCAGGCGCCUCUGCAUCGCUGCUGCCCUCCCCCCUCGCCGCUCCCACGACCCCAGCUCCAUCCCCCCUUGGCUUCUCGCACCUCUUUCAACCGCCCUCCACCACUCCUCUCGACCUCUUCCCGCAGGUGGCGGCUGGGAAGGAUCCGUCCUGCUCGCCCGGCUUUCACUCCAACACAAACCGAUCCUGUUGA